AGAAGAGAGAGUGACAGUGACAGAGGAGAGACAAACAGGUUUUCCUGCUACUCCUGAAGAAAGACUGCACCAUCUCGUCCUCCGUUCUGUUCCCCUGUUCUUCAUCCCUCCAUCCAACAGGCAGGACGUCUGUGCGGAGACCCGCACCUGAAACGAAGGGAGGACAGAAGAGAGAAAGAAGCAGAAGAAGAGUUCAGAUCAUGCAAAAGGGGUCAACAGGUGACUGAUGUCCAUCCAUCAGGACAACAACCAGAACCAUGGUCAUUCUACAGCAGGGCGACUAUGUCUGGUUGGACUUGAAGAGCGGUCGAGAGUUCGAGGUACCGAUCGGUGCGGUGGUCAAACUCUGUGACUCAGGACAGAUCCAGGUGCUGGACGAUGAGGGGAAUGAGCACUGGAUCUCCCCCCAGAAUGCCACCAACAUUAAGCCAAUGCAUCCUACCUCCAUCCACGGGGUGGAGGACAUGAUCCGGCUGGGAGACCUCAACGAAGCUGGAAUUCUGCGGAACCUGCUCAUCAGAUACAGAGAAAAACUCAUAUAUACAUACACCGGCUCCAUCCUGGUGGCCGUCAACCCGUAUCAGCUGCUGCCCAUCUACACCGCCGACCAGAUCCGCCUCUACACCAACAAGAAGAUUGGAGAGAUGCCGCCUCACAUCUUUGCCAUCGCUGACAACUGUUACUUCAACAUGCAGAGGAACAACCGCGACCAGUGCUGCAUCAUCAGUGGAGAGUCUGGAGCAGGGAAGACAGAAAGCACCAAACUGAUCCUUCAGUUCCUGGCAGCCAUCAGUGGUCAACACUCCUGGAUAGAACAACAGGUCCUGGAGGCCAAUCCUAUCCUAGAAGCUUUUGGAAAUGCUAAAACGAUCCGCAACGACAACUCUUCUCGUUUUGGAAAAUACAUCGACAUCCACUUCAACAAGAGAGGAGCCAUAGAAGGAGCCAAGAUAGAACAAUACCUGCUGGAGAAAUCCAGAGUGUGUCGACAGGCCUUCGAUGAGAGGAACUACCACGUCUUCUACUGCAUGUUGAAGGGAAUGACUGCAGAGGAGAAGAAGAAACUGGGGCUGAGCAAAGCUACAGAUUACACCUACCUGACCAUAGGAAAGUGCACAGUGUGUGACGGUCGAGACGACUUGAAGGAAUACUCCAACAUCCGCUCUGCCAUGAAGGUUCUGAUGUUCACAGACAAAGAGAACUGGGAGAUUUCUAAACUGUUGGCUGCUAUUUUACACAUGGGAAACCUCAGAUAUGAAGCUCGGACAUACGACAACCUGGAUGCCUGCGAGGUCGUCCGAUGUCCUCACCUCACCACUGCUGCUACACUGCUGGAGGUGGACAGUAAGGACCUGAUGAACUGUCUCACCAGUCGGACUCUGAUCACCAGAGGAGAAACCGUCUCCACACCUCUCAGUAUGGAACAAGCUCUGGACGUACGAGACGCUUUCGUGAAGGGUAUUUAUGGACGUUUGUUUGUGUGGAUCGUGGAGAAGAUCAACGCCGCCAUCUACAAGCCUCCGUCAUCACAGCCCAAAUAUCUCAGACGCUCCAUCGGACUCCUGGACAUCUUCGGCUUUGAGAACUUUACUGUCAACAGCUUCGAGCAGCUUUGCAUCAACUUUGCCAACGAGAACCUGCAGCAGUUCUUCGUGCGUCACGUCUUCAAGCUGGAGCAGGAGGAGUACAACCUGGAGAACAUCAACUGGCAGCACAUCGAGUUCACCGACAACCAGGACGCUCUGGACAUGAUCGCCAUCAAACCCAUGAACAUCAUCUCGCUCAUCGACGAGGAGAGCAAGUUCCCCAAGGGCACGGACACCACCAUGUUGAACAAACUCAACUUUCAGCACAAACUCCACACAAACUACAUCCCCCCGAAGAACAACUACGAGACUCAGUUUGGAAUCCAGCACUUUGCAGGAGUGGUUUUCUACGAAACCAGAGGCUUCCUGGAAAAGAACAGAGACACUUUAUACGGCGACAUCAUCCAGCUGGUUCACUCGUCCAAGAACAAGUUCAUCAAACAAAUCUUCCAGGCUGACGUUGCCAUGGUAACAGAUGUUCUGUCUGUGUCAUCCUGUCGUUGUGUCUCUCACCAUCAGGAGGACCUGAGAGGAACCUGUCAGAGGAUUGCAGAGGCGGUGCUCGGCCGAGACGACGACUGGCAGAUGGGAAAGACUAAAAUCUUCCUCAAG